UAGUCCUUUCCAAAAUGGCUUCUUACUGGAGUAAUACAACAGUCAAAAAGUGAUAGAUUUUGUUAAGUUUUUCGUCAAAAGUUUAACUUAAAAUGACCUAAAACAUGGGUAAAACAAAACAUAAACAUAUAAAGAAACAAAGACAGUGCCCUACAGGUCUUGUCGAUCUAAGAUAUAUUGAAAGGGAAGAAGAUGAUUUUGGUCCAAACGCGUCACAUGGCAUUGUUAGUGCUGCUGAUGUUGGUGUUGUUCAACUUCAAGCCAUAAUUGAUAGGCUUCAAAGUUCCAAUGUGGAAGGAAAAGAAAGUGCUGCAAACUAUCUAGCUAAUUUAGCAAGUCAACCUGGUGGAGUCAUGAAACUGCUUGAAGGAAAUGUCAUUAAGGCAGCUGCCCCUCUUCUGGUGGAUAAAAGCUUUACAGUACGACAUGCUGUAGCUGGAGCCUUAAGAAACAUUAGCGUUGAUGGAGGUCCAGCUGCCUGUCAAACAAUGGUUGAUUUGGACGUAAUGACGCCAUUGGUGGCGCUUUUACAUCAGUACAAUGGAGAAUGGCAUCCAGUACAUUCUGCAGAAAGCAAAAUUGACUCCAAGUCAGAAAUAUUCAAAGAAGCUAUUCAUUUCUUGUGGAAUUUGUGCGAAAGCAGUGAAACUGCAGUGUCCAUCUUUAACAAACAAUCUCUUUUGCCUGUUCUAUUGAACUGCUUGAGUGUUGAAACAUUUGGGAAGGACAUAGUCAUACCUGUUGCCCAAUGUCUUCACACUGUAUCAGAAGACAACCAACAAGUCAUCAGUAAACUGAAUGAACCUGUAGUGUUAGAUUCCAUCUACUCUCUGUGUUCCACCACUGAAGAAGAGACAACCAACCUAUUGCUAAAGACACUUGGUAUAGGCAUUAUCCUGAAUGUUCAUUCUGGGCAACUUGUAAAAUGCUCUCCAGCCACUGUUACCUUGGUGAUGGAAACUUUAAACGUUACCCUAACGGCCUCAGUGCUAGAAAAAAUGAAAACCUUAGUUGAGAUGAUUCAGUACAUUAAGGCAGAAGAUAAAAAGAAAGAAAACAUAGCAGAAUUAGAAAGUAAGGAAACCUUGUUGACUACAUGUGCCAGAGAACUUCAAGAUAUAUUAAUAGCCAAACAGAUUGCCUUAGAGAUUUUAACAAACAUUCUGUGCUCAGAAGAUGGAGAUGACUGGGAAGAUGUAGGAAGCAGUGACACUAGUGAAGAGAUGAUAUUGGAUAUAAGCAUGGAAGAAGACAAUGCAGCAGAUGAAAAGUUUCCUGCUACUAUUCCGUGUGAAGUCCACGAAGCACUGGUCUCACAGGACUUGGUGAAUAAGGUGUUAGAUCACACAAAUGUUUUAGAUGAAGAAAUACCAUCUGUGUUAGAAAAACAUAAAGAAGGACAGAAUAUACUAAAAAGAGUGAAAACAGUUAGAUGCCGUGCCUUCUUAUGCAUCAAUAAUCUUGCUCAAGGACUGGACAAAGAGGAUUUGGGAAGUUCCACAAAUCUCUACAAUAUGUGGAUUCACCUAGCACAGCUAGCCUUUAAACAAACUGAUCCAAAAGAUUGUGAACUUCUUGAAGCAGCAACAAGCGCAGUCCGAGGAAUUUUACAAAAGCUGGGAGAAUCUGGAGCUUCAACGCUGUUCCAACAGACCACACUACCAGACUUGCAGCUACUUUUUGAGUUUGGAAGACAAUGUACUGAUACUAGUAUUUUAGUGAAUUUGGUUCGAAUUGUUGGAACGCUAGGCUGUUUGCUUGGUACAGUACCAGAAGAUGGAACAAAGCUUCUAACUAAAAAUGUUGGGUUGUACCUUCUAGAAAUCAUUCACAGAGAUUCAGGUCUCAGGACUACAGCAGAAGCUUUGGAUGCAAUAUUAGAUGUGUUUGGUGAAGACCAUUUAGACCCAAUGGCACAAGAAAUUGGUUUGGUUGACAAACUCAGACAGUUUCUUCCUAUGUUAAUAGCUAAGAUCAAACACCAGAAGAAAUCGUUGGGAGAACAUAAGCUUAUUAUAAUGACAGCCAAAACCAAUCUUGUACGGUUCAUCCAGUACAAAACGAAGGGUUCACAAAAUGGCCACCAAUGAUAAUACCCCUCAUUGUUUAUAGUAAUUUUUUGUACUCAUUUACUUUUGUAAGUAUUAUUUUAAGGUAUAAUUGAAGAAAUGAUGGCUUAGAUUUUUCAGUUUGAAGACAGGACGAUUUACAUACAGAAUGAAUUGAAUCAAAAGUCUGUAAGUUUGGAUGAAUAAAAGCUGUCUUACAGA